AUGAAUGUUAUUGUGCAACUACUCCGUAGCGUAAACUCGUGGCGAAAAUCGAAUCGCAACCGUUCGCCCAAACGUGACCCUCCCCUCGCCCUCGCUUUCCUUUCCCACGCUUCCGCUCUCUUUCGCCCGCGUCGUCGCCAUCGCUUCCGCAGCUCGCCGCGUGCCCGUCGCCUUCGCUCUGCCCGUUGCCUUCACUUCUCCCCCGUCGCCUUCACUCCCCCCCCACUUCCGUUGCCUUCAUUUCCCCCUCCCGUCGCCUUCACUUCCCCCUCCCGUCGCCUUCACUUCCCCCUCCCGUCGCCUUCAAUUCCCCCUCCCGUCGCCUUCAUUUCCCCCUCCCGUCGCCUUCAUUUCCCCCUCUCGUCGCCUUCAUUUCCCCCUCCCGUCGCCUUCACUUCCCCCUCUCGUCGCCUUCACUUCCCCUCCCGUCGCCUUCAUUUCCCCCUCCCGUCGCCUUCAUUUCCCCCUCCCUUCUCCCUCACUUCCCCCUCCCGUCGCCUUCACUUCUGCCCCCCGAUGCCUUCGAUUCCCCCUCCCGUCGCCUUCCACGCCUGCCGCACUCGCUUCCCCCCGUCACACUCGCUUCCCCACCCGUCACCUUCAUUUCCCCUCCCAUUGCCUUUCACUCUCUCCUGCUCAAUCUCUUUCCCCCUGCUCACUCUCUUCCCCCCUGCUCACUCUCUUCCCCCUUGCUCACUCUCUUCCCCCCUACUCACUCUCUUUCCCCCUGCUCACUCUCUUCCCCCCUGCUCACUGUCUUCCCCCCUGCUCACUCGCUUCCCCCCUCCUCAAUCUCUUCCCCCCUGCUUACUCUCUUCCCACUCUCUUCCCCCUUGCUCACUCUCUUCCCCCUUGCUCACUCUCUUCCCCCCUGCUCACUCUCUUCCCCCCUGCUCACUCUCUUCCCCCCUGCUCACUCGCUUCCCCCCUCCUCAAUCUCUUUCCCCCUCCUCACUCGCUUCCCCCCUCCUCAUUCUCUUUCCCUCUGCUCACUCCCCUUGUUCUAACCCCACUUUCCCCAUUUCUCACCCAUUUUCUCCCUUCACGCUCUCUUACCCCCUCUGCUCGCCCCUUUUUUCCCAACUCACGCCUAUACUCACUCUCUCCCCCCCUGCUCACUCUCUUCCCCCCUGCUCACUCUCUUUCCCCUUGCUCACUCUCUUUCCCCCCUUCUCACUCUCUUUCCCCCUUCACGCUCUCUUUCCCUCCCUUCCGCCCGUUGCCCCCCUUCGUCUCGCGCUCGUCCCCUCGCAAUCCCCGUCUCUCUCUCCCCCCGUCGCCCUCCCUUCCACUCCUCGUUGCCCUCGCCAUCCCUCCCUUCUCCCUUCCCAUCUCGCACACUUGUCACGCCCCCUUUCCAACCCGCACAUACACCCUUCCCUUUUUCCCUGUUUCCUCGUAUCCCCUGCGCUGCUUCCCCCUAUCCUCCGACUUGCUCCCCCCAUCCCCUUCCCUGCUUCCCCCCAACCCCUUCCCUGCUCCCCCCCAUCCCCUUCCCUGCUUUCCCCCUUCCCCUUCCCUGCUUCCCCCCGUCCCCUUUCCUCCUUCCCCCGUCCCCCUCCCAGCAUCCCCCCAUCCGCUUCCCUGCUCACCCCCAUCCCCUUCCCUGCUCCCCCCCAUCCCCUUCCCUACUUCCCCCUAUCUCCUUCCCUGCUUCCCCCUAUCGCCUUCCCUGCUCACCCCUGCUCCCUCUGUUUCACCCUUGCUCCCUCUGUUUCACCCUUGCUCCCUCCCCUUCUUCUCUGCUCACUCUCUUCCCCCUUGCUCACUCUCUUUACUUCUGCUCACUCUGUUCCCCCCUGCUUCCUCUCUUCCCCUCUGUUCAAUCUGUCCCCCGCUGCUUCUUCUCUUCCCCUCUGCUCAUUCCGUUUACUGUCUUUCCCCCUUCACUCACCCCCAUACCCCCCAAUGCAGUUACAGGGUGGGGCGGAAUGGGGUGGGGCAGAAAGGGGUGGGGCGGAAUGGAGUGGGGCAGAAAGGGGUGGGGCGGAAUGGGGUGGGGCGGGGCGGAAUGGGGUGAGGCGGAUUGGGGAGAUGAGGGAUGGGGAGAUGAGGGAUGAGGAGAUGAGGGAUGGGGAGGUGUGGGAUGGGGAGGAGAGGGCUGGGGAGGAGAGGGAUGGGGAGGUGAGGGAUGAGGAGAUGAGGGAUGGGGAGAUGAGGAAUGAAGAGAUGAGGGAAGGGGUAAUGAAUGAACGUGUAUGCGACGGAAGGGUGCUGCUGACCACGCACCCUCCCACACCCCACGCGAUGGGAAGGGAUGAGAGGGUGGGCGGCAUGGGUAGAGAAGCGAUGGUGAAGAGGGGGAACGUGAUGGGCAAGGGAGUGAUGACGACCUGGAGAGAGGAGGAGAGAAGGGAGGUCGGCGGGAAGGCUAAGCGAGGACGAUGGGAGGGCAAGCGUGGGGGACAGUGGCGGUGGGCGACGGUGGCGGUGGGCGACGGUGGGGAGAAGCGUGGGCGACGGUGGGGGGAAGCGUGGUCGACGGUGGGGGGAAGCGUGGGCAACGGUGGGGGGGAAGCAUGGACGACGGUGGGGGAAAGCGUGGGCGACGGUGGGGGGAAGCGUGGGCGACGGUGGGGGAAGCGUGGGCGACGGUGGGGGGAAGCGUGGGCGACGGUGGGGGGAAGCGGGGGCGACGGUGGGGGGAAGCGUGGGCGACGGUGGAGGGAAGCGUGGGCGACGGUGGGGGGAAGCGUGGGUGACGGUGGGGGGAAGCGUGGGCGACGGUGGGGGGAAGCGUGGGCGACGGUGGGGAAAGCGUGGGUGACGGUGCUCCGAAGCGUGGGCGACGGUGGGAGGAAUCGUGGGCGAUGA